AUGGGCAACAAAAGAUUCAGUCCAAUCAUUUUGCUCGCCAGUGCAAGUCUGACGGCGUUGAUGAUAGUUUGGACCUUGACGCAUCCUCACAUGCUCAAAGUCGGCCCCCAUACCAUCUCUACUUAUCCAAAGACGCUCCCCUGCAAACAACCGCCCGGAGCCGAACACAUUGUGGUCGUGAUCCGGACUGGGUCCACGGAGAUCGAAAGCAGGUUGCCAGUGCACUUCCGAACGUCAAUGCGAUGCUUUCCUCACUACAUGAUCUUCUCCGAUCACGAGGAGUACUUUGAGGACAACCAGAUCCACGACGCUCUCGAGUCCGUAAGCUCCUCAAUCCGGACUCAGCACCCUGACUUUGAAAUGCACCGGCGCCUCAUUAAGUACGGUAGACAGGCACUCUCGACAGCCGAGCUCCACGAUCUCAAUGACACUCAGACCUCGCAUACCGGUAAAAUCGAGAACCCCGGUUGGAAGCUCGAUAAAUGGAAGUUCCUGCCAAUGGUGAACCGGACUUUGCACGACCAUCCGGACAAGCGUUGGUUUGUGUUCAUGGAGGCCGACACAUAUCUAUUAUGGUUCUCGGUACUCCAGUAUGUUGCUGCACUCGACCACACAAAGCCGUACUACAUCGGAAGCUCAGCUCAAAUCGGCGAAGACCCAUUCGCGCAUGGCGGCUCCGGCUUCAUCGUGUCGCAGCCAGCGAUGCGUCUCGUUGUUGACCACUAUGCUGCGCACAAAGCUGAUAUCGAGGCCUCCACCGAUGGGCAUUGGGCAGGCGAUUGUGUCCUGGGUAAGACGUUCAACGAUGCUGGAGUGCCUCUGACCUGGGGAUGGCCGAUUUUUCAAGGAGAAAUCCCAGGCAAGGUUCCAUACUCUAGUCCAGCCGACCAUCCUGGAAUAUAUACGGACAAGCGCGUAUGGUGUUAUCCGGCGCUCUCGUAUCACCAUGUAACGCCGCAACUGAUUACCGACAUGUGGCAGUUCGAACAGACUUGGCUCAAAUCGCACAAUGCGAGCUUCCUGCACCACCAUAACGUCUUCGCAGACUUCAUCGUGCCCCGAAUGGUUGGACCGCAAGUCGACUGGGACAACGAGAGUGACGAAGAUGUGAGAAUCGUGGGUUCGCUCAACGAGUGUCGCCUGAAGUGCAUAAGCAACGAGGAGUGUAAACAGUACUCCGUUGACUCGGCAAAGCGUUGCCGCACGCGUAUUGAUCCAGCACUUGGUGAGGCCAGUGCCGGCAUCUCAUCUGGUUGGGUACACCAUCGGGUCCUCGAGUGGCAGGAAGACAUGCGACAGUGUGAUAAUGAAAGCUGGCUCGGCAUAUGGUAG